AUGGGUUCUCUAGUGUCAAAGCUCUUCAAAAAUCGAGAGAUGAGGAUAUUGAUGCUUGGGUUGGACAAUGCGGGAAAGACAACGAUACUUUAUAAAUUGAAACUCGGCAAAACUUCCAAGACUGUGCCUACCGUAGGGUUCAAUGUUGAAACAGUCAAACACAAGAACGUUUCGUUUGCAGUUUGGGAUUGUGGUGGGCAAGAGAGAAUAAGACCAUUGUGGAGACAUUAUUUUACGGGGACUAAUGCAUUGAUUUAUGUUGUUGAUUCAAGUGAUCAAUCGCGGUUGGAAGAGUCGAAACAGGAAUUGUACAGAAUAAUAACGGACAAAGAGUUAAACAAUUGUUUGCUUGUUGUGUUGGCAAACAAGCAGGAUGUUGAUGGCGCGGUCAAGCCAAAGGACCUAAUUGAAAAGUUUGAGUUAAACAAAUUGAGUGGUAAUCACACCUGGUCAGUUAUUCCAACAGUGGCCAUAGAUGGAACCGGAUUGGUUGAAACACUCAAUUGGAUCUCUUCCCACUCAAAAUAA